AUACUAUAUCAGACAUCAUCACUGUGCAUUCACACUCCGCCUCACCCCACUUCGCUCCAAGAAUUGAUCCUUCUUCCGUCCUUCUUCCAAUGACCUAAAAAAUUUCUUCUACUUUUUCGCAUUUUCUUCAGUUUAAGAAAGGGGGAAAGAGAAGAAACAAAAGGGUUCUUCUCGGAUCCGUUUCUCAUUUUACUACUAAAAAGAUUUGCACUUUUUAUUGGGUUCCCUUCUUGGAUCUAUGGCUGAAUCCAAGAGCUACGUUACCUCUGAUGAGCUCAAGAAGCAUAACAAACCAGGGGAUCUGUGGAUCUCCAUUCAGGGCAAGAUUUAUGAUGUCUCAGAUUGGGUGAAAGACCAUCCAGGUGGUGCAUUCCCACUCUUGAAUCUUUCAGGCCAAGAUGCGACUGAUGCCUUUGUAGCAUUUCAUCCAGGUACAGCCUGGAAGUUCCUCGAUAAGUUCUUUAAUGGGUUUUAUCUGAAAGACCAUUCUGUCUCUGAGGUGUCUAAGGAUUACAGGAAGCUCGUUUAUGAGUUUAACAAAAUGGGAUUGUUUGAGCAGAAAGGGCACGGGGUUUUAUUGCGCAUGUGCUUCAUGGCAGUGCUGUUCUGUUUGAGUGUCUAUGGUGUUUUAUGCUGUGAAAGGGUUUUGGUUCAUUUGAUUUGUGGUGGAUUGAUGGGGUUCCUUUGGAUUCAGAGUGGGUGGAUUGGGCAUGAUUCAGGGCAUUAUCAAGUAAUGACGACUCGUGGCAUCAACCGAUUCGCUCAGAUCCUGAGUGGGAAUUGUCUUGCAGGAAUCAGUAUUAGUUGGUGGAAGUGGAACCACAAUGCUCAUCACAUUGCUUGCAACAGUCUUGAAUUUGACCCUGAUCUUCAACACAUGCCUUUCUUUGCGGUAUCUCCCAAGCUUUUCAAUUCACUCACUUCUUAUUUUUAUGAGAGGAAGAUGGCUUUUGAUUCAGUUGCUAGGUUCCUAGUUAGUAAUCAGCAUUGGACAUUUUAUCCUGUUAUGUGUUUUGCUAGAAUCAAUUUGUUUGCUCAAUCAUUUAUAUUGUUGUUGUCGUCCAAGAGAAGCGUGCCACGAAGGGGUCAGGAGCUCUUGGGGCUGCUUGUAUUCUGGAUUUGGUACCCACUUCUGGUGUCUUGUUUGCCCAACUGGGGUGAAAGGCUAAUGUUUGUUGUGGCUAGUUUCACGGUAACUGGAAUUCAGCAUGUUCAAUUUUGCUUGAACCAUUUCUCCACUAGUGUUUAUGUUGGGCCACCUACUGGACAUGAUUGGUUUGAGAAGCAAACUAGUGGAACUCUUGAUAUUUUGUGCCCGUCCUGGAUGGAUUGGUUUCAUGGUGGCUUGCAAUUUCAGACCGAGCAUCAUUUGUUUCCCAGGUUGCCCACAUGCCAACUUCGGAAAAUUUCACCUUUUGUAAAGGAGCUCUGCAAGAAGCAUGGUUUGCCCUAUAAUGCUGCAUCAUUUUGGGAGGCCAACGUGAUGACAUGCAAGACACUUAGAAAUGCAGCAUUGCAGGCUCGUGACUUCACCAAGCCUGUUCCAAAGAAUCUAGUCUGGGAAGCCGUUAAUACUCACGGUUGAGAGCAAAAUCUUUAAAGCUUUAUUUUUUAGUCACAAUUUGUAAGUCAAAUUAUUUAUGGUUAUUGCAGCUUUUGGUGCGAGAUUAAGUCUCUCCAUUACAAUCUUUCAUGCUUUAUGAUUGUGAUAUCAGGAAAAAUUUCCCAUCUCAUAUGUGUAAUAGUCAGACACAUUCAUAUAGUCCAUCUUCUACCAUUUUUUGGAGGCUUUGAAUAAAUGUCUCCAAUCUGCAUUUGAGUGAUAUCAGCUAAUGUUGGCUGUGGAUCAGGUCAUAUCUUUUUGGGAUAGUUGAUUUCAUCUUUCUCAUCUAGCUUGCUCCAAUACAAGAUUUUGUUGAUUGGACCUAGGAUGUAAUUGUCUUCAAGUUUAUUUUCUGUCUUCUUUGUUUUCA